GAUUGGUGCCGUUGAUCCGGAUUAACGGAACCUCCUGUCCGGUCCUAUGAGCGCCGCCUCCGCUCCGUCCUUCAUGGUGAUGCAGCGGCCGCUCGGAAGCAGCACCGCCUUCAGCAUCGACUCCCUGAUCGGGGGCCCACCGCCGCCCAGCCCGGGACACUUCGUCUACACCGGAUACCCCAUGUUCAUGCCGUACCGGUCCGUGGUCCUGCAGCCGCCGCCGCCGCCGCCGCCUCCGGCCCUGCAGCACCCGCAGCUCCCGGGCCUGCAGAGCGGCUUCUGCUCGGGCCUCGCGCUAACCUCCACCCUGAUGGCGGCUCUGCCCGGAGGCUUCUCCCCGAACCAGCAGCACCCGGAGGCGGCCCGGAAGUUCGGCUCGCCGCCGCUGCACGCGGACGACAGCAAGAGUUCGUUGGCGGGUAAAGAGUCCGCAGGACUGCAGGGAUUCCACGAGUCCGACAGCAGCACGGUGCGCGUGCACGCUAAAGAUGACCCACGAGAGGACGAGCUCGCGCGGAGGGACGACGCCUUCUCCAUGGACAGCGACCUGGACUACAGCUCGGACGACAACCUGACCUCCGCGGGCCACAAAGAGGACGGCGACGGCGGCCUGCUGGACGACGGCCCACUGCUCCACGGAUCUGGGUCCGGCGGCGGAACCGGAUCGUGCGGCGGAAGCGGCGCGGGGAGCGGCGGGAAGAACCGGCGGCGGCGGACGGCGUUCACGAGCGAGCAGCUCUUGGAGCUGGAGAAGGAGUUCCACUGCAAGAAGUACCUGUCCCUCACCGAGCGCUCCCAGAUCGCGCACGCGCUCAAGCUCAGCGAGGUGCAGGUCAAGAUCUGGUUCCAGAACCGGCGCGCCAAGUGGAAACGGGUCAAAGCCGGAAACGUCAACAACAAGUCCGGGGAGCCGUCCCGGAACCCCAAAAUAGUGGUUCCCAUUCCGGUGCACGUGAGCCGGUUCGCCAUCAGGAGUCAGCACCAACAGCUGGAGCAGAACCGACCGUAG